UGUGCUAAUCAAGUGUCCUAAAAUGAAGACAUACUGUCGUAGUCGUAGAACAAAGAAUACCCGACAUUUGCCACAAGAAUUGAUCAUUCAAAUCUUGUUAAGGUUGCCGGUCAAGUCUCUUGUUCGUUUCAAGUGUGUGUGUAAGUCAUGGCUCUCCCUUAUCUCUGAUUCACACUUUUCUCUGUCACAUUUUGAACAAACUGCCACACGAACAGAGAGACUUGUGUUCUUCGAGCCUUCAGCUAUGGAAGUCCGAUCCAUAGACUUCAAUGCACCCCUUUAUGAUGACUCUGCUUCUGCUGUAUUAAACCUCAACUUUUUGCCCCCAAAACCUUAUGAUGUCCGAAUCCGAGGUUCCUGCAGGGGUUUCGUACUUUUGGAGUGUUGUCAAAGUCUCUGGAUGUGGAAUCCGUCCACUGGGGUCCACAAACAACUAUCUUCCUCACCUAUUAUGCCCAAGGAUCCUAUGCUUCUGACAUUUCUCUUCGGUUUUGGGUAUGAUCCGUCAACAGAUGACUACUUGGUGGUGAAAGUGUUGCGCAUGGCAUUCUCAUGUGUUAGUGCUAACCGUGUGGAAAUUUUCUCUGUAAGAGCUAAUGCGUGGAAAGAGAUUGAGGGCAUUAAUUUCUCGUAUUUGAACUGCUUUAAUGAUAUCAAAGUUGGGUUGCUCUUCAACGGUGCUCUUCAUUGGCUGGUUGAUCGUUAUGAUUUAGGAAAGAAUGCUAUUGUUGUCUUUGAUUUAAGAAAAAGGAGUUUUUCAGAGAUAUCUCUUCCACGUGAUUUUGAGUGGGACUAUAACACUUUUGAUUUGGUGGUACUUGGAAAAAUUCCCAGUAUAUGUGUUGUAGGGUGUUGCUCUCCAGCAGAAUUAUGGGUGAUGGAAGAAUACAAAGAUCACUCAUCUUGGACUAAGUCUAUUGUUGUGUCUGUUGAUGACAUUCCCACUAAAUACUUCUCUCCAAUUUGCUCUACAAAAUGUAAUGAUAUUGUUGGGAUAGAUGGGAGUACUGGAUUGGCAAAAUGUAGUGACAAGGGAAAGGUGCAAGAGCAUAGAUAUUGGAGCAGUUCAUAUACAUCCGAGGUGGCUGUCUAUAAAGAGAAUCUAGUUACACUCUUGUCACAGAGGCGAUCCUGUUUCAGUCCAUAUAGAUUGCAGGUGGAUGUGUAUAUAGAGUCUCUACUUUCACUCCCCUGUGCAUGGUGAACAAAAUUCUUCUGCUGUAAUAAAGCAUGCAAAGGUAAAAGGCUGAAUGGUGAAACAGCUUUUCAUCAUGCUGUUAUUUUGUUUUGCUGGCAUGAUAUCUGGCCAAGGUUUGAAUUCCGACAAUAAGUUGAUUGCUGACGCAGUUCAUAGAUGCAAUGUUACUGAUAAUGGUGAUGUCCAAUUUAGUUUAAGCUACAUGAGAAGGCAAUCAUUUCCAUGUAUUUUUGUCUGCAUUAAUGCAUAACUAACCAUUACUUUAAUGAAGACUUUUAGAAAAACAGAGUAAAUAGUUUGCAAUAAAUUCACAAUUAGGAACAUGAAGUUUGUACAAAUUUCUGAAUUAUAAACAGUUUGCAAAAAAUGUACCAGUUACUCUUUCCCGCUUUAAAGAUACAUUACCUUGAGAUGCCCCUCCAAGACAUGAGUAACUGACUAUGAUAUGAAAGGUGGGCCCAAGCCCAAACCCAUAUCUAGUAGCAUAAGUUUUGGUUAGAUUGGGUCAAGGAUUGACUCCAAUCACACAAGGAUUGACACCGUUUUUUCUCUAAAACCUUAAGAUAAAAUAUUAAUGUAUUUUUAUCUUUAUAUAUUGUUCUACUUUCACAUUUUUAUCUAAUGUGAAAUUUAUACUCACACCUGACUUCUCAACACCACCAUCUCACCAAAUCAAACCUGACUUCUCAACACCACCAUCUCACCAAAUCAAACCCAUUAUGUGUACAAUAUUCUUAUCACCAUCAAGCUUCCGUAACCACCAAUCCAUUUGGAAGUCUUCGUCUUUCUUGAGUCAUAAAGUUUGGAUGAACUUAUUCCAUCACGAAGUUAGAACUUUAUAUCCUUAACUAUGAAAGAUUACGGAUAGAAAUGAUAUACAGAGAUAAAAGGUGGUGGGGUCGUUGAUUCUGCAAGAAAGCAAAAGACUUGGAAGGAAUAAAAGACUAUACGGGCCAAGCAGAAAGAGAUGGUAGACGUGCACUAACA